UAUCUAAUCCGCGCUGCGGCUCUUUUUGUUUGCUUAUAUGGCUUCAACGUGUCAAAUUAUUGUUGUCCAGCGUUUUACAGAAUCCCUUCAUUUCUAAUAUCUGACGAAAAUCCUUACAAAAAUUUCGUCAGUAUAAUUUUUGAAAUUUUCUCAAUUAUGAUGCUUUGCGAACUUGUUUCAGUAGCGGAUUCCCUAUUCUUCAUCUUCCUGGCAUAUUUCGUUGGUGAAUUAAAUUCACUCUACGAAGUGAUAUUAAGUUUAAAUGACAGUGAAAUUGUUAAAACGGAUUCAUGCAGAUUUCUUCGUUAUAUCUAUAUCUCGCAUAAAAAUGUUCUUUUAAACUUAAGGAUUCUUCAGACAAUUUAUUGGCAGCUCAACCUACAAUUCAUCGCUACUAACUUUGUCUACGUCUGUUUGCUGCUCAUGAUGGUCAGGUUCUAUGAUAGCAGUCUGACUUCUUUCAUGGCCUUUGUUGCGGGAACAACUCAAUUAUUUGUGCUUUGCUUCUUUGGUCAAAUCAUUCGUAAUCGUACCGAAGCUAUCGGAGAGGCUCUUUACAACACCCGUUGGUACGAAAUGCAACUGAAAGAACAAACUGCGUUACUGAUCAUGAUGGCGGCAAGUCAGAAACCUAUCGGAUUGUCAGCUGGAGGAAUCAUGAAUCUCUCUUUUAAUACUUUUGCCAAUAUUUUGAGAACAGCAUUUACUUACGGAGCUUUUCUUUACACCGUGAUUGAGUAACGUGGUGAAGUAACGACCACAAAAUAUAGCUGCAGAACUUGGAUAUACGCAGUAUAAAUUAGAAUUUAGGUUUGCUUAAUUUGCACUCUCUUAUGCUGUAUAAUGAUCUCAUUGUGAUGUAAAUGUUUUAAAUAUUUGAUCAGAAAAUAAAUUUUUAUCUUCAAUUUCG